AUCACCAUGACACGGUAAUUGUGGUGAUUUUUUUAUUUUAAUUUUUCUUGCUCGCACACUGAAGCUCUCCUCAUGUCUCCCAGUUCCGAUUGGCAGGAACCCUCGUGGUUCCGCAAGUUUGUGUACGACCUUGUGCUGUGGACGUUCACGGUGAUCUUCGACUGCUUUUUCCGCGAGAUACGCCCGCGCGGGGCGUUUCGUCUGCCCAAGUCGGGUCCCAUAAUUUUCGUGGCUGCUCCUCACGCCAACCAAUUUGUUGACCCCAUUGUGCUCAUGGGCCAGGUGAAAAACGAGACCGGGCGGCGCAUUAGCUUUCUGAUCGCCGAAAAGAGCCACAAGCGCAAGUUUAUCGGUCUAAUUAGUAGAAGCCAGAUGUCCAUUCCUGUCCGUCGUGCUCAGGACUGUCUGAAGCCUGCUGCCGGUUCCAUCAAGAUCGAUCCCGAAAACGAGCUCCAUGUGUUUGGAGUGGACACCCAGUUCACCAAAGUGUGCCAAACCAAGGGUCUCAUUGCACUGCCUAGUUCGUGGGGCACUGCCGAAGUUGGAGAAAUAGUUUCGGACACAGAGCUGUAUUUGCGAAAACCGUUCAAAUUCUCUUCUCCCAAGACCACCGAUGAGGCGAAAAAAGCGCUCGAGUCCGGAACAGCGUUCAAAACUGCGCCAAGAAUCGACCAGUCCGAGGUCUACCACAAGGUUUUUGAGCAUCUUGCGCACGGCCACUGUCUCGGACUUUUCUCCGAAGGUGGCUCUCACGACCGUCCAGACCUGCUUCCGUUGAAGGCAGGUGUGGCAGUGAUGGCUCUGGGUGCCAUGGAAGCCCAUCCAGGCUGCAACGUCAAGAUCGUUCCCUGCGGAAUGAACUAUUUCCAUCCACACAAAUUCCGUUCGCGUGCGGUCGUGGAGUUUGGAAUGCCAAUUGAAAUCAGCCCCGAACUGGUAGCAAAAUACUCCAACCCAGAAACUUCGAAGGAUGCCAUCAAGGAGCUGCUCGAAACAAUCACCGGCGGAUUGAAAGCAGUCACCGUUACAUGCCCAGACUACGAGAGUCUGACCUGUGUCCAGGUCGCUCGUAGACUGUACACCAACAACAUGUCGAAGCACCUUUCUUUACAAAGUAUCAUUGAAAUGAACCGGAGGCUACUCAAGGGGUAUCUACACUACAAAGACGAGCCUCGGAUUAUGGAGCUGAAGAAGAGUAUUCUUGAGUAUAACGAGAAAUUGCGGAUUUUCAAAAUUCCCGAUCAUUUGGUGGACGGAGACCGCAACGACGACACAUUGACCAUUUUCACGCGGUUUGUUACCUCGCUUGUACAGUUGGUUGUGCUAGGAGCCCUGGCUUUGCCUGGUGUGAUUCUUUUCUCCCCCGUUUUUAUUGCUACAAAGGUCAUUAGCGAGAAGAAAAGACGCGAGGCUCUGGCAGCCUCUACCGUGAAAAUAAUGGCGCGAGACGUUAUCGCUACAUGGAAAAUCUUGGUCAGUAUUGGAUUUGCCCCGUUACUGUAUAUCUUCUACUCCGUCUUGGGAACGAUGCUGAUGAGAAAGUACUAUGGUCUCUCAGACAGGUCGGCAUUCACUAUAUUCUGUUCCAUAUACUUAUUCUCGGCCAUGAUCACGUAUUCGGCCCUUAUUUUCGGCGACAAGGGCAUGGACCUUCUGAAAUCAAUUAGACCAUUGUGGCUAGCGUUGGUCAAUAAGGAAGGACUCACUCAACUGCGUGAAACGCGAAGACAACUUUCAAUGGAAAUCACAGAGGUUAUUAACGAGUACGGCCCUCAACUGUUCCCAGACUUCAAUUUAUAUGACUAUGAGAAGAAGCUCGAGCUUAAGAGACUGAGGCGGCAGGAAAGAAGAAAGCUGCAGCUCGAGCAACUGGAGAACAUGGAUUCUGAGGACGAGUACGAAGAAGCCAAGACGCAGAGACUGAGAAAAAGAAGAGCUGCAAAGAGACAAGAAAGAGAGCAGUCGGGCAUAAAUGCCCAAGCCAACGAGUCUUUAAAGGCCAAACUGACAUCAUCUGUCCCUAUCAUUUCCAACGAUAAUGACAACAACUCCUCUGUGGGGCUUUCUUCUUCAAGUGAAACAGACUUCGCCUCUUCUGGAUCCGAAUAUGAACCUGAAAACGACACUACCAGUGCGUCCAAAAUCGGCCUGGUGAGAGACACGAUUAUUCGCGAAAACAGAGAAAGAAACGAGAAGAACGAGGAGUGAGCGCAGCUCGCUUUUGAAUUCUCUGUAUAAUAAUCAGAACGAACUCCAAUCCCAGUCAGCAGGCAUUGGAUUUUGAUUGUUUGCUAUUGUUUCCCUUCUUGUAGUGUUGACUUUGCCGUUUGUAGUUUUAUUCGAGUCGAGAUCCAGAUUUUUAGUGGUGUGCUCUUUCAAAUAAACCUCGUAUUUUUGAGCGCAAUUUUGACACACUUUGCACAGAUAUUUUUUGUCUUUGGUAUCCAGAUGAUCUUCGGAGCUACCGAAUAGGGUGAAAUGCGCGUUGUCAUUUAGAUAGACAAAGUUCUUCAAGCAAUCGUUGCAAAAAAUUUCACCACAGUAGCGGCAAUGGUGUUUUCUGCGGCUGUCUGUCAUGAAGUGGAAAAUCCUGUUGCAUUUGGCACAACUGAACCGGCUAUUAUUGGGUUUCCAAUGCCUCCGGGUGGGCCCUUCUAUCUGUGCUGGCUUUCCACCAUAGCCUCUGACAAACCCCCCAAAAUAGUCUGUGAUAGAUGUGAGCGAUCUGAGCGAUGAUGAAGAAAGAGCUGAUUUCAAUAUAGGGCGUUCAGGUGGUUUGUAGACAUCAAAUGUUUCACUUCCCCCAGUUGUUUGGCCGAUGCUGUCUGAGCGCAAGACAGCAGGCGUAUACAAUGGGCGUCGCUGAUCAUUGAUUUGCUUGAUGAAGAUGUUGGGUGAGUCCCGGAAUGGCGAUUUCGUUCGAGGAGGAGGUGAUUCGCUUAGCGAUUUUUGGUCAAUAUAUAAAGUCAUCGGCUUGCCGGGAAUGGCUUGAGCCACAGGAUUAUUGUUUUUAUGUUCCGGCAAUGGAUCAGAAGGAGGUGUGAGUGAUGGAGCGGGAGGCACUGCCUGCGGUUCUGGCGGCUGCGGCUGGCUGGACUUUGAUGAUUGCUCCUUAGGCUCGCUAUUAGUCAAAGAUUGCCGCUCUUCGUUGGGUAGUGACGCCGUCGCCAUGUCGAGAAUCGGCUGCAAGGUCGGCCCUGCGACCUGGAAACUGGGCUCAUCCCCUACACUCUCAGUAUUGGUAGGACUUUGCAAAUCUUGUACUCCAUCUUGGGCUGCUGUGUAGUUGGCGCUGUUCAUAGGCUGCAGUUUUAGACUGCCCGUUGUUCUAUGCGAGGCCAUGUUAAACAGAGGUGUAAUUUCAAGGCGACUGGCUUGUCAAGGACAAGAGUAAUAAAUCAACA